AUCUCCCACCCACAUCAUCAUCACCAGCAUUCAUUACACAUAUAUACAUAUCUCAAUUCCUGUCUUCUUUUUUAUUUCAAUUUGAGAUACGUGCAGCAGCUCUUCCUGCAAUUUGCAUUCUUGUCUGCCCUUCUUCUCUUAAUUGGAUUCCAAUUAUCGAAAUGUCUCCUGCUCUAUACCUCGUCAUCAACACUUGCUUUUCUCCUUUUUCACAAACAUCGAUCCAUUUUCGACUACAUUUGAUUUGAUUGAUUGAUUUGGGUGUUUUUGUUUUUUUGAACGCAUGGAUUUCAUCGAUCGCUUAACGACUUUAGAUCCUCUAAAUGAAAUGAAUUUUUUUUUUUCAAGUCACAGACAGGGAAAGCUGUGGUCUUUCAUUGACGGAAUGAUUCCGUAUUUUAUUAUUAUCUUUUUCAAAUCAUCACAAUAAUUAUAAGAUUAUAAUCAUGUCAAAAGCUGAUUUUUUUUUUUUUACUUCAAAUUCAAGAUUUUGAAAAUUUUCCUGCCAAGAUACAACAUGCAAAUCCUUCCUUAAAAGCCGUUUCCCGUUUUACUCCAAUGGUCUGGUCUGGUCUGGUAUCUCUUUAAUUUCUUUCCUUGCAAAAAUGUUUUAGGUUUGUCUGGUCAGGACAGUUCUGCGAUGGGGGGAAGAAUGCUCAUACUUUGUUGGCUUGUUCUUCUCAUAUCGGUAGACGAUGCCGCAGCAGCAGAGGUCCCCCGGGUCCUGAACAUAUGGCCGAUGCCAGCGUCUGUGAAUUAUGGAGAUGGCAGGCUCCAUUUCAGCCCCGAGCUCCAACUGAAGACCGAGGGCAGCAGGUUCGACGAUGGCUCUGGAAUCCUCGAGGACGCAUUCUCCAGGACCGUGGACAUCAUUCGAGGAAGCCACGCAGUCGAGAACAAUUUGCCCAAGAUUGAGUCUUCCUUGGCGCUCAAAGGGAUCCAUGUUGUCAUCGCUUCACCAUCCGAUGAGUUGCAGCAUGGCAUUAACGAAUCGUACAGUCUACAAGUCCCUGCAAAGGGAAGUCCCCUUUAUGCACAUAUUGAGGCGGAAACAGUUUAUGGAGCUUUGCACGCCCUGCAGACAUUCAGCCAACUUUGCCAUUUCGAUAUCAAAUCAAGAGGGAUUCUGGUCCAUCAUGUUCCGCUGACGAUUGUCGACCAGCCAAGAUUCCCAUACCGAGGAGUAUUGAUCGAUACUUCAAGGCAUUAUCAGCCUCUGCCGAUGAUCAAGAAGGUUAUUGAUUCGAUGGCUUAUGCCAAGCUGAAUGUGCUGCAUUGGCACAUUGUGGACACACAGUCAUUCCCUCUCGAAAUACCAUCGUUUCCAAGGCUGUGGGACGGCGCCUACUCUGUUUCGGAGCGCUAUACGUUUGCUGAUGCUGCCGAGGUUGUGAGUUACGCUAAAAAGCGGGGAAUUAAUGUGCUAGCAGAGAUCGAUGUUCCUGGACACGCCCAGUCCUGGGGCGUCGGAUAUCCUUCUUUAUGGCCUUCUGAAGACUGUAAGGAGCCACUUGAUGUCAGCAACGAGUUCACCUUCAAACUCAUUGAUGGAAUUCUCUCGGAUUUCAGCAAGAUCUUCAAAUACAAAUUCGUUCAUCUGGGAGGCGACGAAGUGAAUACGAGUUGCUGGGAGACGACUCCUCACGUCCAAAAAUGGUUAAGGGAGAAAGGCAUGACGGGCCCCGAGGCGUAUCAGUACUUCGUGCUGAGAGCGCAGAAGAUCGCACUCUCCCGCGGAUACGAGAUCAUAAACUGGGAAGAGACAUUCAACAACUUUGGAAGCAAACUGGACAGAAGAACCAUAGUGCAUAACUGGCUGGGGAGCAACGUGGCUCCGGCGGUGGUGAAGGCGGGGCUGCGCUGCAUCGUGAGCAACCAGGACAAGUGGUACCUGGACCACCUGGACGCCCUCUGGGAGGGCUUCUACUCCAACGAGCCCCUCACCAACAUCUCCGACCCUGCGCAGCAGGCCCUCGUGCUGGGCGGCGAGGUCUGCCUCUGGGGUGAGCAUGUCGACGCCUCCGACCUCGAGCAGACCCUCUGGCCGCGGGCCGCUGCUGCCGCCGAGAGGCUGUGGACGCCCUACGCCAAGAUCGCCAGGAGGGCGGAGCAGGUGCGGCAGCGCCUGGCCUACUUCCGGUGCCUGCUGACCCAGCGGGGCGUGGCGGCGGCCCCCCUCGUCGGCUUCGGGAGGUCGGCCCCGGUGGAGCCCAACUCCUGCUACCUGCAGUAGUAGCCAGUAGUAGUAGUGGUUGGUAGUGGCUGGCUAGUGACUUCAUGAAUGAGGGGAGGGGGCUCCCUUAGCUUCUGCCAUUCAUUUCAUUUCAUUGAUUGUCUCUCUUCUUGCAUUGGAUGAUUGUGUAAUUGUACUGUCCACCCAACCCAACCUUGAUCAAAUUCCAACUCGAAUUUAGCAGCAUAUCAUCGUCAUCAACUACUGCUCAUCAUC